UCCUCCUUUUACCUUAAGUUGGCAACUAACUUUAACAAGAGAUUCUUUGAGCCCGGAACUAGGGAUUCUUGAGUCUCCUCUUCUCCAUCCCUGACGCUACUCCACGCUGGCCAUAGUGCCAUGAAGGGUGCCAGCACCUUACUCAGGCUGCCCCUGCUCGGAAUCUUUCUCUGGGCCCUGGCCUCAAGCUAUAACCUGGAUACCAGUCACUCCCAGAGCUUUUCCUUCCAAGAUGCAGGGAACCAUUUUGGGUAUCAGGCCCUGCAAGUUGGAAAUGGGGUCAUUGUGGGAGCUCCUGGUGAGGGGAACAACACGGGGAACCUAUAUCAGUGCCAGCCAUCCACAGGACACUGCCAGCCAAUGGACCUGAGAGAUGCUAAUCACACCUCCAAGUAUCUAGGCAUGACCUUGGCCACAGAUCCCACUGAUGGACGCUUCAUGGCUUGUGACCCUGGGCUGGCCAGGGAAUGUGAUCAAAACUUCUAUUUGAGUGGUCUUUGCUAUAUCUUCCCACCAAAUCUGGGUGGACCCGCACUUCUUGCAUAUCCUGGUUAUCAGGAGUGUCUAAAAGCAAACGUAGAUUUGGUGUUCUUAUUCGACGGAUCCUACAGCAUAGAUGAUAAAGAUUUUAAGAAAAUCCUGGAAUUCAUGGAAGAUGUGAUGAGAAAACUGAGCAAUUCUUCGUUCCAUUUUGCAGCUGUCCAGUUCUCAAGCUCCUCCAAGACUGAAUUCUAUUUCUCAGACUAUGUCAAGACAAGAAAUCCUAAGUCUUUGCUAGCUAACGUCAAACACAUGCAAAAACUCACCAACACCUUUGGGGGCAUCAAUCACGUUGUAAAGGAUGUGUUUAACGUGAGUCGGGGUGCCCGCCCUGAAGCUGUGCGAGUGAUGAUCAUCAUCACAGAUGGGGAUGCUACGGAUAGCGGAGACAUCGAGGAAGCCAAACACAUCAUCCGCUAUGUGAUUGGGAUUGGGGGUGGAAUUCAAGAACCUAAAAGACUUAAUGACUUUGCCUCCAAACCCCCAGAGGAUUUUGUGAAGAUUCUGGCCACUUAUGACAAGCUUAAGGACCUGUUUGAUGACCUGGAGAAGAAGAUCUAUGGUAUUGAAGGCACCAAUAAACAGAAAAAUAAGACUGAUUUCAAGAUGGAGCUGUCUUCCAGUGGGAUCAGUGCUGACCUCACUAAGGGCCGCAGUGUGGUGGGAGCUGCUGGGGCUCUGGAUUGGGCUGGUGGGUUUAUAGACCUGGGGCAAGAUCUGAAGGAUGAAACAUUCGUGGGUAACCAACCCAUGAAUCAGGAGGCAGAAGCUGGGUACUUGGGCUAUACGGUGACCUGGCUACUCUCCAAAGGAAAUAGGAAACUACUGGCAGCCGGUGCUCCUCGAUAUCAGCAUGUAGGUCGGGUGCUACUCUUCCAAGAACCAGACAGGAAGGGAGGAAACUGGAGCCAAGUGCAGAAGUUUGAAGGGAUGCAGGUUGGCUCUUACUUUGGUGGGGAGUUGUGUGGGAUUGAUGUGGACCAGAAUGGGGAGAUGGAGCUGCUAUUGGUUGGAGCUCCCCUGUUUUAUGGGGAACGGAGAGGAGGCCGUGUUUUUGUCUACCAUAGGAAAGAGCUGGCAUUCCAGAUGAUGAUGGAGCUUCAAGGGGACACUGGCUAUCCCCUGGGUCGUUUUGGAGCAGCCAUCUCUGCUCUGACUGACAUUGAUGGGGAUAAUUUGACAGACGUGGCUGUGGGAGCGCCACUGGAGGAGAGCGGGGCCAUCUACAUCUACAAUGGGAAGCCUGGUGGACUCAAUUCCCAGCCUAGCCAGCGCAUAGAGGGCAUCCAGGUAUCCCCAGGACUCCAGUACUUUGGACGAUCCAUCCAUGGUGUCAUGGACCUUGGAGGAGAUGGACUGAUAGAUGUGCUUGUAGGGACUCAGGGCCAAGUAGUUAUGUUGAGCUCUCGUCCAGUCUUGGACAUCAUCUCUUCAUUGGACUUCUCCCCAGCGGAAAUCCCAGUGCAGGAAGUGGAGUGUUCCUACCAGGCCAGUACAAAGAAGUCUGGGGUCAAGAUCACUGUAUGCUUUUGGGUCAGGAACCUCACACCCAAAUUCCUAGGUCCUCUAGUGGCUAAUCUCACAUAUAUCCUACAACUGGAUGGACACCGGAUAAGAAGUCGGGGUUAUUUCCCUGGAGGGAAACAGGAGACUGGAGGGAACAUGACUGUCACCCCAAAGGAGUCCUGCACUCAACACUGGUUUAAUUUUCCUGUAUGCAUUGACGACUACAUCUCCCCCAUCAAUGUCUCCCUGAGAUUUGCUCUUUCUGAGGGUGAAUACAAUAAAAUACAGCCUACGAUGAGGCCUGUUCCACACUCGGAGACCAAAAUGAUUCCUUUUGAGAAGAAUUGUGGGGAUGACAACAAGUGUGAGGCCAAUUUGAAGUUGAACUUUCAUCCCCAAGGAUCCCCUGAAUUGCGCGUGGACCGUACAUCCAGCUUCUCUGUUGCUUUGGAGCUGAGUAACAUCGGGGAAGAUGCCUACCGGGUUCACUUGGGCUUGACUGUUGCCCAGGGCCUCUCCUUCAGAAAAGUGUCCAUGCUCCAGAGUCAGGUCCCUGUGAGCUGUAAGGAAGAGAGUCAUGAGGCCAGGCUCUCUGUGUGGACUCUGUCUUGCAACGUGAGCUCCCCCAUCUUGAAAGGAGGCCGUACGGUAUUGGUCCAGAUAAUGUUUGACACCUUGUUGAACAGCUCCUGGGGGGACUUCGUGGAGAUGCAGGCACGUGUGAGCAGUGACAAUGAGGAGUCCGUACUACUAAAAGACAAUUGGGACACCAAGAGGAUCCCCGUCCUGUUCCCUAUCAACACGAUGGUUGAAGACCAGGAAGACUCCACUGUGUACCUCAGUUUCACCUCCAAAGGUCCCAAAAUCCACAAGGUGCAGCAUAUUUAUGAGGUGAUGUCUGAGGUCUUUGUUGAAGCCCCACCUACUCUAGAAAUCCUUGUCUUUGUGCCAAAAAGUGAGAUGAGGGAAUUCUCCACAAGGAACUGGACUGUUCAAGUGGAACCCCCAGAACCCUGCUAUCCUGAGGACCCAGAUGAGUUGUCCCACCCCACCCAGGCCCGUGUCCUAGGGUCUGUCUUCCGGUGUGUAGUUGAUUUCAGGACAAAGUUUUUGGUUCGAGUGAGUGGGGUGGUGGAGAUCACUGAAGAGAUCCAGGCCUCUUCCAUGCACAGCCUGGACAGCAACAUCUCUGUGAUCUUCAACUCUAGCAAAUACUACCACCUCUAUGACAAGGCGACUGCCCAAUCCCAGGUUGUUACAAAGGUGGAAAUUGUGUACGAGAAGAACCUUCUCUCCAUCUAUGUGCUUAGUGGAAUUGGUGGCUUGCUCCUCUUCCUCCUGAUUUUCGGAGUGCUCUACAAGGUUGGCUUCUUCAAAAGAGACCUCAAAGAGAAGAUGGAAGCUAACGGUGCAGUCCAGGGUGGAAUCAUGGACACAGCCUCCAGCCCCUGUGCUGCUGCUGACCCAGGCUGCACAGAGCCCCUUCAACCAGAGGAAAGAAAAGGCGAAGGCUGUGCUGAGCCCGGCAGCUCAGAGCCCCUUCACCUGGAGGAAGGAGGAAGAGGAGAAGGAUGUGGAGACUGAAGCCUGAGCUGUCAGGGAAUAUCCUGGGGGUCCUGGGGCCCCAAAGUCAGAAAAAACCCAGUGCCGAUAGUCAGCAAUCUGGAGGUUUAGUAUUACUAUGACCAUGUGGAACAUUUUAUACCAUUUUAUAUCAUUUUUGUAAUUUCAAUAAGACUCAGAGCCUG